AGUUGUUUCAAAGAUGGCGGAUUUCCUGCCGUCCCGCUCCGUUUUAUCUGUAUGUUUCCCUAACUGUCUCCUCACAAGCGGCGAGGUAGAACAGUUGCGGAAAUCUAAAGAGAUAGAUAAGUGUAUUAAUCGAGAUAAGACUUAUGUUAAAAGGCUAGUAAAGAUCUUAUUACUUGGGGCAGGCGAGAGCGGCAAGUCCACUUUUCUCAAGCAGAUGCGCAUUAUCCAUGGGCAGGACUUCGAUCAGAAGGCCAAAGAAGAAUUCAGAGCCACGAUUUAUAGUAAUGUUAUAAAAGGUAUUCGAGUGUUGGUGGAUGCUCGGGAGAAGCUACACAUCCCAUGGGGCGACCCGUCCAACCAGCGGCACGGAGACACCAUGAUGGCAUUUGACACCCGGUCGGUGAUGGCCCACGGUCAUGGCAUGGUGGAGCCCAAAGUUUUCCAGCACUACCUGCCGUCCAUCCGGGCCCUGUGGGCUGACCAGGGCAUCCAGAAUGCCUACGACCGCCGCCGAGAGUUCCAGCUGGGUGAGUCAGUCAAGUAUUUCCUGGACAAUUUGGAAAAGCUCGGACAGUCGGGCUACCUCCCCAGCCAACAGGACAUUCUCUUGGCCAGAAAACCCACUAAGGGCAUCCACGAGUACAACUUUGAGAUUAAGAACGUGCCCUUCAAGAUGGUGGAUGUGGGUGGUCAGCGCUCUGAGAGGCGGCGCUGGUUCGAAUGCUUUGACUCAGUCACUUCCAUCCUCUUUCUCGUCUCCUCCUCUGAAUACGACCAGGUGCUGAUGGAGGACCGGCAGACAAACCGGCUGAGCGAGUCCCUCAACAUCUUCGAGACCAUCGUCAACAACCGGGUGUUCUGCAAUGUCUCCAUCAUCCUGUUCCUGAACAAGACGGACCUGCUGGAGGAGAAGGUGAAGCAGGUAUCCAUUAAAGACUACUUCCCCGAGUUCUCGGGUGACCCCACAAGCCUGGCAGAUGUCCAGCGCUUCCUGGUGGAAUGCUUUCGCAAAAAGCGCCGUGAACAGCAGCAGAAGCCGCUGUACCACCACUUCACCACGGCCAUCAACACUGAGAACAUCCGGCUGGUGUUCCGCGACGUCAAGGACACCAUCUUGCAUGACAACCUCAAGCAGCUGAUGCUGCAGUGAGGGGACUGACCAAGAGGAGGAGGAGGAGGAGGUGGAGGGGUGGGUGGAGGCAGAUGGAAAGUGGGUGUCUAGGUGCCUUUUUCUUACCUGUAAGAGGAGAGGGCAUUGUCCUUCUACCCAUCCAUCCUCCCUCCUUGACUUUGACCGGCUCCUCACUUUUGAACUUUGACUGUAUAUUAAAGCCACCACUACUACCGCCAUUCCCCCACGCUUGCUCUCUGCCUUACUGAGCUUGUUCACUGUGACUUAUAACAGCCACCUUUGGCUCAGAGCCCCAACCACUCUUUGACCCUUCAAACCACUGUAAAUGACCUCUAACCCCACUCUCUACCCCCGUCCACACUCUGCAGUGAAUCUCCCUGACGUCUCUUAUGGUAUUUGACCCUAAGUGUCGCUCUGAUACACAUCCACACACUUUUCUUCUAUGCUGCUCUGACCACUGUUGCUAGGGUAGGAGAGGGGGAGGGGCUUGUUUUAAAUUGAUGUAACUGAGUAGCUGUCAUCAGCGACUGUUGCCAGGUGUUGCCUUCCUUUUCAGAACUUCUUUUGUUUUGUCCCGUUUGACAUCUGCUCUCCACUGGCACGUCAUGAUGACAUCACUGUGGGGAUUUCCUCUGAGGAACUAACACACACACACACACACACACACACACAUACAAAUAGGAAUUCCUGUUCCAAAGUCCACUUAAUUCUAGUUUUCUAAUCAUUUCAUUUCUUUUUCUAAUAUAUGAAUAUACUGUAUGUACCUAUGCAUUUUCUUUAAUUUAUAUUUUAUAGGGGUUUACACUUUUGUGGAUUUGCUGAUGGACUCUGUUACAGUUAACUGGAUACAUAGACCACUUGUAAAAUUUAACACAGUGCUAUAAGGGUAGCUAGCGCAGGGUUAAUAGUGACACAUUGUAUUUUGCUGUUUCUCAGGGCACAUUGUGAACCCCACCUUUUUGUGAUUUGAAGCCAAGCAGAACUCUCAUGCCUCCGCCUUUCCACGAGUCACUCAAAAAUCAGAUUUCAUGGUGUCUUUUCUCAGUUUGUUUCAGAAAAGAAGACUCCUUAUGUUUCAAAAACAGAACUGUGGCCAUCUUCAAUCAGGACCUUAGUUUACCAGCAGGGUCUGGACAGACAAAUAAUGACCCCAUUUGGGCCUGGUAUGAAUAUGUGAUCUGUAUCUAGAUGUGUUUUCUGGAUAAUGACAUCUGCAUUUACACCUGGUAUUAAUAAGUCUGGUUGUUAUCUCAACUCUGUUAUAUCAUUAUUGGAUCUCAAUAUGCAAACUAGACCUAGCUUUGCUGACAGCCAGAUUUCUUGCCCCGUCGACAUGCAGAAACAUAGUUCCCAAUGCCCACCCUGCCCACUCCAGUAGUUCUUUGGCCACUCUGCACUGCACACCACCUGGGUCAGGUGGCAGUUAGCUAGCAGUGCACCUCAUUCAGUGAUGACUGCUGGUGACUCCAUCCCUGUAAGGGGAACACAUUGCUGCGGAAACAUGGUGGCCACCCUCCAGUCUCCCUCCAGGUGGCCCUGCUGAGUAAGCAGCUUCAUUUUUUUGGGCGCAGUGUUUGCACAGCAGAUGUGGGUGGUGCAUAGUGCAGUAAAUGAACAGUAGCAAUUUAACCUAUAGACCCAGAGGCAUAACUGGCCAAGAAAAUUCUCUGCUGAUAAAUUAAUGGUUAAUUGUUGACAUCCUUAAUACAAGAGUCAGAGCACCUGGUGCUGAGCCAGAGCAUCUCUGAGGUCACCCAUGGGGCAAACACUGUCGGUGCUAUGAUGCUUGAUGCUCCACAGACCAUUAAUGUGGUGUGGCGUAUUAAUAGCAUUCCAUUUGCCAUGUUUUCUAUGUGCAAUCAAUGUGUUUCUCCCUAUUCAAAUAACAUAAUCCAGAUACAUAACACAUGUUCAUGACCAAGGUACACUGGAUCACUGUGAUCCAUGAACAUUUUUUUAAUGGGACUGUGUUCACAGUAAACAGAAACUGUGGACAUAUCCAGUGUCUGUUUGCAUCACAGAUGCAUUGCAAAGCUGCAAGACACUUCUCUUUUCAGUUCUGCUGAAUCAAUUAUCGCCAAAAAUAUUUAAGAUUAAUGAAGAUCCAGAAAAUUCCAAUAAUUUAAGAUGCACCAGGCUGAGUUUUGACAUUAUGUGUACAGGCACUGCACAAGAUGUAACCUGGAAAAAAUUGUCCUUGGUUUGAAAAUGUCCUUGAGUCUAACCGUCAUGUAGUGAUGUUGGAACUGUGGUGACAGUUGGUCAGAGUCUCAUUUGAAAGUUUCUUCAGAGGGACUCUAAGAAAAGUAGCCUUAAUAAAAGACUUGGCAAAACAAUGACGGAGGCUUUGGUCCAGGUUGAAAAUGGCCAAACUAAUACUCAAGCCCUGUGGAAGCCUGUAGAUUUCUUCACUUUAUCAGAGGUGAGGAAGCAGGGAAACUUUCUUCUUCCUCCCAGGUGGAAUACCACCCUAAGUGUAUUAUACUUCAAGUGGUGAGGGGGGGUUCGGUCUUUCUUUGUUGUCCUGAAUGAUUUUUAUUUUGUAAAAGGUACCUCUAACUGCUGUCUGUCUCUCCUUUCCAUGCAUCCUAAGCUUAUAACAAAAGGUCACUAAUGAACCUGAGCAGUUGGUGCCUGUUGGCUGAUCUCACUCUUGUGUACUGCUUAUGUACAGUUCACGUUUUCCUCUUUACUCUUUUCUCAUGUCUGAUGUAUCAGUAUGUAGUUCUCACACCCACCUCGCUCUCUUUUCUAACAGCUGAUGUAACCUCCCACACAGAUCUGUAUGUAUGACUAUGAGUGUUAUUUUAUUUUAUUUGAACUUUUCGGAUAGUGUUAAUUCACAACAGUAGCAGGCGUCUGGUGGCCUGGGCUUAAGGUGUUCUUCCUCCAGAUGGGUUCAGACUAUGAACACUUAUGUCCUCCAUGUGCACACAAUUGGCUCCACUGGUUCAUGCUAACACAUCAGCAUACGUAGAAGAGUAAUCAUCAAGAUGAUAAGAAUGUAUAGCAAGUUUCAAUAGUAAUGGAGUUUGCCUUUUAUUUAGCUGUUACAUUUUCCAGACUCCUCUAAGCCAGAUGUUUUCAGUCUUAACAAAAAUAACUUAGUGUAUUUGUAUGAGAACACAGACAUCCUGCAUACAUCAGCCCAGUUCUGUUUUUUUUUUUUUUUUACUU